AUGUAUCGAGAUUAUAUUAGAAACGACGCCAAACAACACUCAGUUAUUAAACUGGCAUCGAAUAUUGCCAUGUCAGCUGAGGCCGAUUCAAAAAUGGAUGUGAGUGAAGAGCAAACGAAUACGAGGUCGAAUGGAGUUGAAGGACAGCUUAACGAUGUGGAUACGAACCUUUACAGUCGUCAAAUUUAUGCUCUCGGUGAAUCCGCAAUGAUGCACCUUCGCAAAAGUUCAGUACUCAUCUCUGGAAUCGGAGGCGUUGGUGUUGAGAUUGCAAAGAACUUAAUUCUCGGAGGUGUGCGCCAUGUGACGAUCCACGACCAGAAAGCGACAACUUGGAACGAUCUUUCGGCGCAAUACUACUUGCGGGAGGAGGACUUGGGAAAAAAUCGUGCAUCGGCUUCUUUUGAAAGGCUUGCUGAGUUAAACGAUAGCGUGACGUGCGUUUUAAACACUGACUCCUUGGCACUUGAACUAGUUGAAAAGUUUGAUCUGAUUAUUCUGACGGACACGCCUCUCUCAAUGCAACUUCAAAUUUCAAACUGGGUCCGCGCCGCUGGUAAAAAGAUGUUGGUGGCCGAUUCUCGUGGAUUGUUCAGUUACAUUUUUACUGAUCUUGGGCAACAAUUCCGUAUUGAUGAUUCAAAUGGCGAACAACCACAAGAAUUUCACAUUGAGCACAUUGAUCGUGGCACGGGUGAUGUAACAACUUUGGAGAAUGUGAUGCACGGGCUCGUCGAUGGCGAUUUUGUGACUUUCACGGAGGUCAAAGGCAUGGUACAAAUCAACGAGUGUCAACCAAUCAAGGUCACCGUAAAGAAACCACACAUCUUUAAUAUUGGAAACGCGGCCGCGGAUUUUGAUGCUCAUACGGAAAGUGGAAGAGGUCGUCAAGUGAAGGUGGCCUCCUAUGUCGACUACAAACCACUUGCUGAAGCCCUACGGGAUCCUGAAAUUGCUUUCUGGGAUUUUGCUCGAAUGGAAUAUCCGCAACAAUUGCACCAACUUUUUCAAGCUUUGUAUGCAUUUGAAGAAAAGCAUGGCCGUUCACCGAAGCCCAGAUGCGAUGACGAUGCAGCCCUUCUCAAAGAGGAAUUACCUGCUGACAGUGAAGUUGAUGCGAGUCUCCUGAAGAUGUUCUCAUACCAAGCGACUGGUAUGCUCGUUAACGUGUGUUCCGUCGUCGGAGGUAUUGCUGCCCAAGAAGCUAUGAAAGCUGUUACACACCAUAUGACUCCAUUGAAACAGUUUUUGUACUUGGAUCAUGUUGAUGCUCUUCCCGGUGACUGGAAUUCGUUCAACGCCGACUUGCUGACUUACGAAGAUUGUGCUCCUCGUGGAAAUCGUUAUGAUGGCCAGGCAGCAGUGUUUGGAUGGCAAUAUCAAGAAACAAUUGGAAGACAAAAAUGGUUUAUCGUUGGUGCUGGAGCAAUUGGAUGCGAGUUAUUGAAAAACCUCGCGAUGAUGGGCGUGUCAUCCGGAAAAGAUGGAUUGAUUAAAAUCACCGAUAUGGACCAAAUUGAAAUUAGCAAUCUAAAUCGACAGUUCCUCUUCAGACGCCCGGAUGUUGGAGAAAAAAAAUCGGUUGUUGCUGCACGAGCUGUCAAAUCAAUGGCUGAACGUGUUGGACCUGAUACCGAAUCAAUUUUCAAUGACACAUUCUUUGGUGCCCUGAAUGGAGUGUUUAACGCAUUGGACAACGUCGAUGCUCGCCGUUAUAUGGACAGACGUUGUUUAUUCUAUGGUCUUCCAUUGUUGGAAUCUGGAACCUUGGGAACUAAAGGCAAUACUCAAGUCGUCUAUCCUCAUCUCACCGAAAGCUAUUCGUCUUCGCAAGAUCCACCCGAGAAGGAUAUUCCAAUUUGUACGCUCAAGAAUUUCCCCAAUGAGAUUCAGCACACGAUACAAUGGGCUAGAGAUCAAUUCGAAACUCUCUUUUCGCAACCGUCCGAAAAUGCUAAUCGCUUUUUGGAAGAUAGUAAAGAAUUCUUGAAACAUGUCGAAACGCUUGCUCACAACCAAAAGAUGGAAAUGCUGACUGCCGUCGUGGAUGCUCUUGAUAACGAAAAGCCAACUUCUGCCGAGGACUGCAUUGCUUGGGCACGCCUGCUUUUUCAAAAUAAUUUCCAUGAUUCAAUUGCUCAAAUGCUUCACAUGUUUCCACCAGAGAUGGUGACGGAUCAAGGCGCGAAGUUUUGGAGUGGUACUAAACGUUGUCCGCAUCCGAUAGUUUUUGACGUGGCAAAGAGUGAACAUUUCAAUUUUGUCUACUCGGCCUCAAUUCUACGUGCUCAACAAUAUAAUAUUCCACCGAUUCUGGAUGUAAAACAAGUUGGAAAAAUUGCAGCUUCAGUACAAGUAAAACCUUUUGUGCCAAAGAAGGGAGUCAAAAUUGCGGUAACGGAAGCAGAAGCCAAAGAAAUGAACGAGCGUGGCGUUGAAGAUGGUGAAGAAGCCGAACUUUCUCUGAAGAUCAAGCUUUCUAAAUUGGAGGCAGCUGUUGCGGAAAAGCUCCAAGCGAUCGAUUUUGAAAAAGAUGACGACACCAAUCACCACAUGGAAUUCAUCACGUCUUGCAGUAACCUUCGUGCUGGGAAUUAUGACAUUCAACCCUCCGAUGUUUUAAAAACGAAGCAAAUUGCUGGCCGAAUCAUCCCAGCUAUUGCAACGACUACGGCGGCCAUUGCAGGACUUGUUUGCAUCGAAUUCAUGAAGAUGGUUGAUGCUGAUGGCAAACUUUCGGCUACACCUAUGGAUCGGUUCAAGAAUGGUUUUAUCAACCUGGCUCUUCCAUUUUUCGGCUUUUCUGAACCAAUCGCCGCACCAAAGAAAAAGUAUGGAGACAAGGAGUGGACAAUUUGGGACUCUUUGACGAUUAAGGCGCCAAUGACUUUAAAGCAAAUGAUUGAUUGGGUUCAAAAUGAAGCUUCUGGUUCAAGCGUUACAAUGGUUUCUUCGGGAGUUUCCCUUAUUUAUUCGUUCUUCAUGAAUGCUGCUAAUCGCGAUAAACGACUUGGCAUGGAACUUCGUGAUGUGGUGGCUGAAGUUUCAAAGAAGGAGAUUCCAUCAUAUCAACGAUCUUUGGUUCUAGAGGUGAUGGUUGAAGACGAGAACGGAGAAGACGUUGACCUUCCAUACUUGAAAUACAUUUUC